AUGGUGGUUAAGAAGCGGAAGCUAACAACGGAAUCCGGUGGUAGCGAAGAAAGGCCCAAGUACUUACCGGGGAAACAUCCUAUAAACCAAGAGAAAACCCCGCAUGUGGAUUAUAACGCGCCAAUAAACCCUAAAUCUGAACUGUUUCUAGAUGACUGGCAUAUACCCAAAUUUAAUAGGUUUAUCAGCUUUACUUUGGAUGUUCUCCUUGACAAAUACAGGGACAUUUUCAAAGAUUUCAUUAAGUUACCAAGUAGGAAGUUUCAUCCUCAAUAUUAUUACAAAAUUCAGCAGCCAAUGUCUAUCAAUGAAAUCAAAUCAAGAGACUAUGAGUACGAAGACGGCCCCAGCAAUUUUCUUUUGGAUGUCGAGCUAUUGACAAAGAAUUGUCAGGCCUAUAAUGAGUACGAUAGUUUGAUUGUGAAAAACUCCAUGCAAGUAGUUAUGUUUAUUGAAUUUGAAGUAUUGAAGGCCAAAAACUUAAAAAGAAACUAUUUGAUUAAUAGCGAGGUCAAAUCAAAAUUGCUCCACUAUUUCAAUAAGCUGGUGGACGGUACUGAAAGGAGGAUCAACCAAGCUCUACUAGGCUCUUCUUCGUCUUCUAAAAGUUUAGAUGACAAGAUCAAACUAAGUGAACCAUUUAUGGAAUUGGUCGACAAAGACGAACUACCCGAAUAUUAUGAAAUAGUACAUAAUCCAAUGGCUUUAUCGAUUGUUAAGCAAAAUCUAGAAAUUGGUCACUACUCCAAAAUAUACGACUUCGUUAUCGACAUGCUAUUGGUUUUCCAGAAUGCUCAUAUCUUUAAUGAUCCAAGCGCUUUGAUUUAUAAUGACGCAACAACUUUAUCGAAUUAUUUUAACCAUUUAAUGCAAAAAGAGUUUUUCCCAGAAUUACAAGACUUAAGUGAACGUGGUGAAAUUAAUUUAGAAUUUGACAAGUUCGAAUUCGAGAAUUACCUAGCUAUUGGUGGUGGUCCAACCGCAACGAGCGCAUUGGCUAUAUCAGCUCUCGAUAACGAUAUCGAACCAGAGUCAAUACGUGAAGAUCUCAUUGACCAAGCAGAUUAUGACUUCAAUCAUUUCGAAGGUCUGGGUAACGGCUACAAUCGUUCUUUAUUGACAGAUGAUUACCUACUAAAUCCAAAUAAUUUCAAGAGAUCAAUGUCUAAACCAGUUACCAUUAUAGGAGCAAUGCCAUCCGAAGUCAAAAAUGAACAAUUAAUGACUCCUGAAAUCGAAAAAACAAAUCCUUUAGAAAGUGAGCAACUAAAAAUCCCCAAAUAUAAUAUAGUGAAGUCUAUUCAAAGAGAAAAGCAAUUACUUUCGGAGCAGCAUACUAUGGAACGUAAGCCUUAUAGACUAAUACAACAAAUUUACAUCUUCUCGUCAAAAAAUUUGUAUUCACAAGCAACAAAACCUUUGCCAGGUUCAAGACCAUCGUGCAAUCAGAAUUGGGUAGAGUACAUUUUCAACGGUAAUGAAUUGAGUCAAAAUGAAAACGCUUUUUCCUUCAUUCUACAACCCAUGCAAACUUUUUUAACCUUGCAAUCCCAUUUGAGCCUAUCAUCAAAGGAUUCAGAAAUCCAAUUAACGAUUAAUAAGGAGCCUGUUAGAUCAAGAAAUUCAAAUGCAAAUAACAGCUUAACACAACCUCAGCAACAAGAAAACAAUGUUACUGAUAAUGAUACAAAGCAAGGUAUUGAAAAUUUGGCAAAUAUUAGUAGUAAUAAUGAAGUUGUUGACGAUAAUAAUGACAAACCAAACAACAACAUACCAGAAAUUUUUGAUGUUCGCUUAUCAGAAGGAUUAAAUCACUUGGUUUUUAAGUGCGAAGAUAAAAAUUCAAACGAAGCAGAAUCUAUGAGUUUUUGGAUAAAUGUUUUACCAUAA